AUGUCUACCGACUACAACUAUGAUGACAAGGGACAAUUCUUCCCGUUCUUUGUCCUGACCCUCACCAGUCUCGUCACCCUCCCUCUCACAUAUAACCUCCUCCGGCCGAGCAAGGGUCUGGAAAACACUGCUCCCCGGAUAAAAUCAGAGUUCAAGCCGGAACAUGCCGAACUCAUCGAAGCGCAGAAGCGCAAGCGUCUGCGCAAGGAGCGCCGCAUAAAGCGCAUAAUCACCGUCAUAGUGGGCUAUGCCGUCAUGGCAUACAUGGCCUAUCUGAUCAUCGUUACGGCGAGGGCUACUCCCAAGAUCUGGGAUCCGUAUGACAUCCUGGGUGUCUCGAGGAGCGCCGACGAGAAAGCUAUCUCCAGACACUACAAGCGCAUGUCUCUUGUCUACCACCCGGACAAGAUCCGGCCGGACCCCGCCAAGAAUGAAACGAUAGAAAUGCUGAACGACCGCUUUGUCGAGCUCACAAAGGCUUACAAGGCCCUCACUGAUGAGGAAGUGCGUAACAACUACAUCCAAUACGGUCACCCCGACGGCAAGCAGAGCAUGAGCAUCGGUAUUGCUCUGCCCACGUUCAUUGUCUCCGAGGGAAACUCCAAGUACACGCUGCUGGUCUACGGCGCCCUUCUGGGCGUGCUUUUGCCUUACAUCGUUGGUCGCUGGUGGUAUGGCUCUCAGCGCUACACGAAGGAGCGGGUUCUCGUCGCAAGUGCCGGAAACAUCUUCCGCGAGUACAAGGAGGAUAUCACGGACGGUGGAAUCGUCAACGCGUUGUCCACUGGCGCUGAGUUCAAGGAGAUGCUCCAGGGCGCUCAAACAGAUGCCGGAUUGGCCAAGCUCGAAAAGAAGAUCCUGGCUGAGGACUCCAUCCUGUCGCCCGAAGAACGGAACGUUAUCAAGUCCCUAGAUGAUUCCGGUAGACGCAAGGCGCUGUCAUUGCUCUGGGCCUACCUGAGCCGCACCGACUUGGACGACACUACCCUCGACGGCGAGAAGUACGAAGCUGCCCCAAUUGCGUUGUCUCUGAACGAAGCCUUCACUGCCAUUGCACUUGCAUUCGGUAACGUCCGGCCAAUCAUCGGUUCUUUCCGCACCUCUCAGCAUCUUAUUCAGGCUGUUGCCCCGGGGUCAUCGCCACUCUUACAACUGCCUCACUUCACCGAUGAGGUUGUCAAGUCUGUCGAGGGCGCUGACGCCAAGGAACACUACACCGUCCAGAAGUUCAUGAGCAUCCCCGAGGAGAAGCAGCGCAGUCUCACCGUCGGCGCUGGCCUCCUGUCCGAACAGCAGUACAACACCGCCAUCUCCGUCGCCAAGCAACUCCCCGUUCUCGAAGUGUCCCGUGCCUUCUUCAAGGUCAUGGGCGAAAAGGUCAUCACCCCCAGCAGUCUGGUGCAACUGGUCGUCAAGGCUCGUUUCGUGCCCCCCGGUUCCUCCAACGUCCCGCAGGUAGAGGCUCUCGACCUGGAAGACAUCGACCCGGACGAGGACGACCUCGACGCCAUCAUGGGCCGCAAGCCCGCCAAGAACAAGACCACCAAGCUCGUCAACGGCCAGAAGGUCGAGGAGAAGGUCGAGACCAUCCAGCCUCCCCUGGCUCACGCGCCCUACCUCGCCCGCGACCACUCUCCCCGGUGGAACAUCUUCCUCUCCGACGCCAAGCAGGGCAAGAUGGCCGUGCCCCCCUUCACCUUCACCACCUUCGACAAGCCCCUGUUCGACGCCGACGGCAAGCCCACCUUCAACAUCCAGACCCUCAAGAUGCAGUUCCAGGCCCCUCCCCAGGUCGGCGACUUCACGUUUGUCCUCCACCUGCUCUGCGAUAGUUACUUGGGUCUCGACACCAAGAUGGAAAUCACCCUCCACAUUGACGACCCCGCCAAGGCCGCCGCUUUGGAGGAAGAGGACGAUAUCAGCGAGCCUGAUGAGGACUCGAUAGCCGGUCAAAUGCAGGCCCUGAAGACCGGCCAGCCGCCCAAGAAGGCGAAGAAGCCCACCGCUGCAGACUCUAGUGACGACGAGAGUGAUACCGAUGGAGAUGCAGGAGAUACCAGCGACACGAACACGGAGACCGAUAUUGAUGACUAA